CAACCCACUUCAUUCAGCCAUCUAUCAACACCAACCCCACACGAUGCCCUCGCGAGUUCAUUAUGUCACUGCGAGGCAGGCAAAUAGGAGGAAGGUUGAGGAGGGGGAGGAGAUGAUGGAUAUGCCUACGCCACUGUCUACCCCGGAUCGGUGGGGGAAUGGGGAUUCUCGAAGGGAGAGAGAUUGUACGCUUAGUGGGGAGGUUCAGAAUUCAGAUAACUUGCACUCGUCGCCGCCGUUGGCGAACCGACAGCCGGAGGAGGGGGAAGAAAUAGCGGAGGAGGGAGGCGAUGAGGAGCUAGUGUUGGAAGAUGCGCUGCUGGAUUCCGGGUAUAGGAUACUCUCAGUUCUCGGCCGCGGGAACUUUUCGACGACAUAUCUUGCCGAGCAUGUUUCGAAGGACGUGGAUGCGUCGGACAGCUCGCCACUCGUAGCCAUCAAGCGAUUGAAGCGGCCGUUCGGGGCGAUCGGCGAGAACGAGUACUCGCUGCUACAAUACCUCCAUUCGAAGGGCCAGCAUCCCCGCCACAUCAUCUGUCCGAUAUCCUGCUUCCUCGCAGAAAGCGGCCACUUUCACCUUGUCCUCGAACGUUUAGAUUCUGCCCGGCCUGUUGCACUGGUGAGAUGUUUUUGCGAGGAGGUUCAUUCGAAACUUGCCUGCCCGGCUAGACACCUUGCCCUCGCAAAGAUAAUAUUACAGCUUCUAUCUGGGUUAUUAUCGCUUCACUCCCACAAUCUCAUACAUGCGGAUCUCACGCCCGCAAACAUGCUUUUUCUUCCAUCCUCAAAUAGAAUUAAACUUAUCGAUCUGGGGAACACUAUCCGCCCCGAAGACCGGGAAGCCUACCUAGAUGACUUUGGUGUCCAAAGUGUAUGCUACCGUGCUCCGGAAAUUCUCCUAGGACAGGGACCCCUUAGUCGUGUUAUGGACGUUUGGAGCGCGGGCGUGAUCGCAGUCGAGUUGCUACUUGACGGUGAGGUCAUAGGGGAGGGCCUACCAGAGGUUGAAUUGGUUAGGAGCCAUAUAGAAGAUCGUGAGGGCAUGGUUCGCCGGGUCAUUGAGCUCGUGGGAAGCGUGACGGAGUAUCGGUAUGGGAUGUACUACUUGGAUGCAUACGACGAGGCUUCGUUCGAGUCGGUCCCGUUUCCACCGAAAAAGAAACGGCGAAAGACCAUAGAGAGGUGGUAUGUUGCAAGGACGGCUAAGCCGGAGGAAAAUACGCCCAAGGAGAGCCCUCGACGGCCUAGAAAGGGUAUUCUGAGAUCUUCGUUAACGGAGAAAACGGGCGAGGUAGAGAUCGUUGAAUUCUUGAUGGAGAUGAUGGAGGUGAAUGUGCGUAAGAGGAAGACUGUCAAGGAAUUGAUGAGGCAUCCGUGGCUGGUAGGGAAACUACUCGGCGAUUGGGGUGGUGUGUUGACGCGCGUGCCUAACGGGGACGAUGGACGGUCUGAUGAGGAGUUGGAUGAUGUUGGACUGGGUGAAGUGGAUGAGGAGGAGGAAUUGGAUGAGGACGGCUUUGGUCUAGCAGAAGAGACGACUUUGGUCAAUGAUGAGGAGACGCAAGAUGAGCUCGGGAACUCCGAGGGUGCAUCGUUACUUGUCAAUGGACAUGGAAAUUUAUCCGCUAUUAAAGAGAGUAUUCUAGAGACAGAAGAAGACCCUCGGGCUAGCCCGCCGAAGCGGGCCAAGCCUCUCACUCCGCAGCCAGAAUCCCGACCUCAAUCAGAACCCCGAUCAUCACUAGGGCCACAAGAAGAUUCAUGGUCCCGGCUAGACAUAGUCUCCGCCUCCUUGGAUCCAGCCCAUCAAAAAACUUCACGCGGCACCCCGCCGCGGAAAAUAAAGCAGGAGGGUCUGUCAGAAACCCCUGAGAUCACAGCAGAACCUGCCUCACCCCCAUCUACAGAUAGCACGCCAAUUAUCAAACCCGAGCCCCAUAGUCAGGAAUCUGAGAUUCCCACAAUGCCUCAAAAUCCAAACACUCAGCGCCCAGCUGUAGACCUACUAUCAGCACCCAUAAAGCCCAAACCAGUAGACCCCGAUAUAACCCCCUCGUCCUUUCAUUCACCAUCUCCCGAUCCAUCGCCACUUUCAUCUGUAGUUACCUCCCCCCCCUCUCCCAUUCCCCUAAUACCAACAGAUUUGAUACGAGGAAGAGCGAGUGAUAUAUGGCACCGGGACUUGGCGGCAGACAUGGUACUUCUCCUUCAUCCCUUCCCCACACAUUAUAAUGCUAACAUUUCCUCCCCAAACAGGAUGAAGUUCCUGAAGAUGAAGGCGACGACGACCAAGUCAUGCUUUUAUAACUACGGCUCUUCUUUUCGGUUAUAUUAUGUUCUGCAUUCUAGGCUUCAUAUUUAA